AAGCGCCCCCUCUUUCUUCUCCCCUUGUUUCUUCUCCAACUUGCAAAGGGAACACCUCAAGCCAGCAUGGAGGGACAAGGCAGCAGCAGCCGUGUUCCUAGAGCGAGCUCCCAAACGGAGCUUGGUUUGAUGAAGCAGAAGGAGGGUGAGGAGCCGAAGACGAGCGGCAGCGCGGGAAAAGACAAGGAGGAUGAAAUCGUGGCUCUUGGGGAGCAGAAGCCGGAGGGUUCUCACAAGCAGGAGGACAAGGCGAGCGCCAGCACAGGAGGGGACGAGGGAAAGAAGAUCUUGGAGGUGGACCCCCGCCGCCCUGGUGACUCCACGCAGGAGAAGACUGUCGCUCGGGACCUAGAGCAGCCUCCGGCCAACCGUGGGACGCGUGCACUGCCCGGUCUCCUAGGAAAUGAUCUCAAGUCUAUCAGCAAGCUUUUCAACGUCACGGCCGCCACGGUGGGCUUGGGGCUGCUGCUUGCCUUUCUGGGGAUUACCAUGGUGCCAAACAAGUCCCUCUUGCACAGUGCAUCGACAUCAACCUGCCGUGUCACUCCCGAUGACAUUGCGCGGCUGUACGCGGUGGUAGGCGUGGGCCUGGCCAUCGCCAUCACGCAGUACCUCGCGUCGCUGCUCGGCGCUUCUGAGAAGGAGGAGACGGCGGAGCCACCCGUGGCCGCGGCGGCGCCGGUGAUGCGCCGAGUUUUCGUCUUCAUCGCUGCUGUGUCGCAGCUGGGACUUACCGUGUGCUUCUUCUGGAGCCUUAUGCUUGCCGUGUCACUUCGGAUGGGGAAGGCGCACUGCUGGCCACAGGGCACCAUGGCUGCGAUGCUGACCGGGAUGGCCAUCUCGUCCAUGCUGAGCGUGUACAUGGUGUACAUUGGCAUUGCGUGCGUCUUCGGGGCCAACACCAAUUGACAGCCUGGAUGUGCAAUAUAACUACUGAAACUCGAUGACCGGUUUGGCACUUCAGUUGUAAGCGCUUUGUGCCUCGUUUAAAUUAGUACGGUACUUUGGAAACCUGAUGGUAUGUAUGCCUGAACAUUUGCGACUUCAGUUGUAAUGAAGACAACAUGGUCACUUCUUGUUCUGUCGUC